UCAUCUGAUACCUAUACUCACGCAGCUUCAAACUUGGUUGCUUCUAGUAAUCUUGAGCAGACCAUUCAACAAAUAAUUGAUAUGGGGGGUGGCAACUGGGAUAAGGAAACUGUCACUCGAGCUCUUCGAGCUGCUUACAACAAUCCUGAGAGAGCUGUAGAUUACUUAUAUUCAGGAAUUCCAGAAACAACAGAAGUUGCAGUCCCUGUGCCUCACUUUCCUACAAGUCAGGUUGCCUUGGAAGGGACUGGAAUGGGCACAGUUUCUAAUGCUUCUUCUAUCGGAGCACCCAAUUCAUCUCCACUAAACUUGUUUCCGCAGGAAGCAAUUUCUGGUGGUGGCAACGAUGGACUUGGUUCUCUUGUUUUUCUCAGAAGCAACCAACAGUUCCAAGGAUUACGCACUAUGGUUCAAUCAAAUCCACAAAUUUUACAGCCCAUGCUUCAGGAGCUUGGGAAGCAAAAUCCACAACUGUUAAGGCUUAUACAAGAGCAUCACACAGAGUUUCUGAAGCUUGAGGCAAUGGGAUUUGACAGAGCCAUUGUAAUUGAGGCAUUCCUUGCCUGUGAUCGUAACGAGGAAUUGGCUGUUAACUAUUUGUUAGAGCAAACGGAAGACUACGAGGAUUGA